GGGAAUUUCCCUCCGAUGGCAGGAGGAUCUCCCCGCGUCCCUGGAAGGCGAUGUACCGCCGGCCGGAGCGGAGCCGAAGGCAGCCGCCGGCGGGGUCGAGCUCCCGCACCGUGCGCGGCUCUGCCGGGGCGUUGCGGGCCGCCCUCCGGCGCCGAGCGCCCUCCCGCCCCGGCCGGGGGGAGGCGGGGCCGGGCGGCGGGACGGAGCGCCCGGCCGGCGUCGAGGAAGUGGCCACCGCAGGGAAGCGCCGCAGUCGCCGGCGAUGUGAGGGAAGGGGAUCGGCCCCUUCCCCGCCAGCCCCGGACCAUGGCGGCCCCCGGAGUCCCUGGAGGAUAUGAUGUGCUGAUUGUGUAUGCAAGUGACGCCACUGAAUGGUGUCAGUACCUCCAGAACCUCUUCCUCUUUACUCGGCACGUUCGAAAGCAUCGGAUUCUGAGCUACCAGCUGGAAGGCGAGUCUGCCAUCUCCCACCAGGAGCUGGACCUGUUCAACAGAAGUCGGAGCAUCAUCCUUUUGCUAUCUGCUGAGCUGGUGCAGAGUUUUUAUCUCCCUCCUGUCCUGCAGAGCCUUCAGGAAGCUUUAUGGCCCCCGUACAAAGUAGUCAAGCUGUUCUGCGGUGUUACAGACUGUGAUGACUAUUUGACCUUUUUCAAGGACUGGUCUCAGUGGCAAGAACUCACAAAUGAUGAUGAGCCUGAUGCUUACCUUGCAGCUGUCAAGAAGGCUAUUUCAGAAGACUCAGGCUGUGACUCUGUGACUGAUACAGAAACAGAAGACGAGAAGAACCCAGUUUACUCCCACAGACUUGCCAUGAGUGAAGAACAUGGAUCAUCCAAGAGCACUGGGGACCAUCUGGUGGUGCAGCCUGACCGCAUACGGUGUGGGGUGCAGACAACAGUUUAUAUUAUCAUGAAAUGUAAACUAGAUGGCAAAGUGAAAACUGAAGUUGAAUUCUCUCCAGAGAAUGCAUCAUCUGUGCGUGUGCCGGCUGAGGUGGAGAACGAGUACACAAUCUCUGUGGAGGCUCCAAAUUUAACCUCUGGGACAGUGCCUCUGCAGAUAUAUUCAGGGGACUUGAUGGUGGGAGAAACAAGCAUCACCUAUCAUACCGACAUGGAGGAAAUUAGCAGUCUGUUGGCUAAUGCAGCCAACCCGGUACAGUUCAUGUGCCAGGCUUUUAAAAUUGUUCCAUACAGCAUAGAAGCACUGGACAAACUGUUGACUGAGUCACUCAAGAAGAAUAUUCCUGCCAGUGGCUUACACCUGUUUGGAAUCAACCAGCUGGAAGAAGAAGAUAUGACAACAAAUCAGAGGGAUGAGGAGUUGCCAACACUGCUUCACUUUUCUGCAAGAUACGGGCUUAAGAACCUCACCGCCUUGCUGCUUACAUGCCCUGGAGCACUGCAGGCCUACAGUGUAGCCAACAAAUAUGGCCACUAUCCAAACACCAUAGCAGAAAAGCAUGGCUUUAAGGACCUCCGCCAAUUCAUUGAUGAAUACGUGGAAACUGCAGAUAUGCUGAAGAGUCACAUUAAGGAAGAGCUGAUGCAAGGCGAGGAGGAUGAGUCUGUUUAUGAGUCCAUGGCUCAUCUGUCCACUGAUCUGUUAAUGAAAUGUUCCUUGAAUCCUGGCUCCGAUGAAGAGCUUUAUGAAUCCAUGGCUGGAUUUGUCCCUGGUGCCCCAGAAGACCUCUAUGUAGAGAUGCUUCAGUCCAAACCAGAAACUCCAGUUGCCGGAGAUGAAGUUUCUCUAACUACAAAAGACUCAAUGCUCCGCAAGUUUUUAGAAGGCAGUAGCAUGGAUGUGCCAGAUUCAGAGGAAGGAGUUUACCAGCAGUAUGGUGAAGAUGUAUACUACUCAGUGGAACAAGAUACUUUUCCACAGGAAAUGGCUAGCAGACCUCCAGUUCCUGUUCCAAGACCAGAAUCCAGCUCUCCACAGCCAGACAAUGAGCUGUACAUCUCCAAAAUUUUUGCACAGAAAGCUCAAAGACCUGAGAAUCUCUAUGUCCCUAGAGGAAGGGUUAAGAAAGAGACAAUAGUCAGGCCUGUAAGGGACCUGUCUCAAUCAAGCAUAUAUGAUCCAUUUGCUGGAAUGAAAACCCCAGGUCAACGGCAGCUGAUUACGUUACAGGAGCAAGUGAAAAUGGGCAUACUCACCGUUGAUGAAGCUGUACUUCAUUUUAAGGAGUGGCAACUGAACCAGAAAAAGAGAUCAGAAUCAUUCCGGUUCCAGCAGGAAAAUCUGAAACGGCUACGAGACAGCAUAACCAGGAGGCAAAUGGAGAAGCAAAAAAAAGACAAAAGUGCAGAUUUGGAAAUUACAGUACCCAUUCGACAUUCUUAUAAUACUUUAGGGAAACCAGAAUGUGGAAUAUAUGAAUACACCCCCAGGAAAAACGUUUUCCCACCAAAAAAGGAGUUAAAGCGAGGCGACUGGAAAACAGAAAGCACAUCCAGCACAACAAGUAGUGCAAGUAACCGCUCCAGCACUCGGAGCAUAUUGAGUGUCAGCAGUGGGAUGGAAGGGGACAGUGAGGACAACGAAGUCCCAGAAACAACUAGAAGCCGCAGCCCAGUAGCCCACCAAGCAGAGAGGCUGCCUUUCCCAGAAAGGCCUCCCAGAGUGCCUCCUCGAGGUGCAAGCAGGCCUGUAAGCUGUGAAGGCUUUUAUCCUCCACCUGUGCCCCCAAGAGGUCGCUGAAUCUCUCAACAUCUGUGGAAUAUGAGAUUUUUCUGUUUGUAUGUGUGUUUGUACAGAUAUUUUUGGGUUGUCUUAAAUUAUUUAUAAGGGGGAGCCAAAUGUUUUCUUCUCCUUCUUCCUCCCUAAAGCUCUGGUGACUUUUCCCAUGAGUUUCACCAAGACUUCUUGGCCUUCUAUAACUUUUUUGCUUGGAAGAAUUUUGGUUCUUCGGGACUUCAAGAAAAAGUUAUCAUGGUUGGGAAGGAGAACACUCGUGUGUCUUGACAGUCCUGCACCAACAUGAAGUUUCCCUUUGACCAGGAAAGAACAUAUGUCCUUUUAGAAACUAAAUCCUGAUAAGCAUUGUUAUCAAAACCCUAGAUACAACCUACAAGGGCUUUACUGGAAAACAUGCUUGAAAAAGUAAAGAAAGUUGUUCGAAGACUUUGUUUGAAGAACACUCAUUACAGGAGCAGGUCAAUGUACUGCUGUUUGGUGUAACAUUUUGGGUACGGACAUACUGACCUUUCAGAAGGUGUAGAAUCUCCUUCCAGCAAUCAUUAAACCAUGAGAGGAUGAGAA